AUGCUCGAAUCCCAUAUUACGAGACCCCGCGCGGGAACCUCUCGCCACCCCGCGCGCGCUCUUCUCGCCUUCCGCGCGGUAUCCCAUCGCAUCCCAGCGCGCGCUCCUCUUACCGCCCCGCUCGGCCUCCUCUCACCAUCCCGCGCGUGCUCCUCUCGCCUCCCCUCGCGUGCUCCUCUCGCCUUCAAUGCUCGCGAAUCUCUUGCCUCCCCGCGCGGCCGCCUCUCGCCUCCCCGCGCAGCCUCCUCCCGCCAUCCCUCGCGCGCCCCUCUCGCCUCCCCGCGCGUGCUCCUCUCUUCUCACCUACUCGUUCUCCUCUCGCCUCCCCUCGUGCGCCCCUCAAGCCUCCCCGCGCGUGCUCCUCUCUCCUCACCUACUCGUUCUCCUCUCGCCUCCCCUCGCGCGCCCCUCAAGCCUCCCCGCGCGUGCUCCUCUCUCCUCACCUACUCGUUCUCCUCUCGCCUCCCCUCGCGCGCCCCUCAAGCCUCCCCGCGCGUGCUCCUCUCUCCUCACCUACUCGUUCUCCUCUCUCUUCACCUUGCAUGCCUCCCACGCCUCCCCGCGCGUGCUCCUCACUCCUCACCCUGCGUGCUCCUCUCGCCUCCCCGCGCGUGCCCCUCUCUCCUCACCUCCAAUGCUCUUCGAUCGCCAACCUUGCGCGUGCCCCUCUCUCCUCACCCUGCGUGGGCUCCCCUCUCCUCACCUUGCGUGCUCCCGUCUCCUCACCUUGCGUGCUCCCUCUCCUCACCUUGCGUGCUCCCCUCUCCUCACCUUGCGUGCUCCCCUCUCCUCACCUUGCGUGCUCCCCUCUCCUCACCUUGCGUGCUCCCCUCUCCUCACCUUGCGUGCUCCCCUCUCCUCACCUUGCGUGCUCCCCUCUCCUCACCUUGCGUGCUCCCCUCUCCUCACCUUGCGUGCUCCCCUCUCCUCACCUUGCGUGCUCCCCUCUCCUCACCUUGCGUGCUCCCUCUCCUCACCUUGCGUGCUCCCCUCUCCUCACCUUGCGUGCUCCCCUCUCCUCACCUUGCGUGCUCCCCUCUCCUCACCUUGCGUGCUCCCCUCUCCUCACCUUGCGUGCUCCCCUCUCCUCACCUUGCGUGCUCCCCUCUCCUCACCUUGCGUGCUCCCUCUCCUCACCUUGCGUGCUCCCCUCUCCUCAUCUUGCGUGCUCCCCUCUCCUCACCUUGCGUGCUCCCCUCUCCUCACCUUGCGUGCUCCCCUCUCCUCACCUUGCGUGCUCCCUCUCCUCACCUUGCGUGCUCCCCUCUCCUCACCUUGCGUGCUCCCCUCUCCUCACCUUGCGUGCUCCCCUCUCCUCACCUUGCGUGCUCCCCUCUCCUCACCUUGCGUGCUCCCUCUCCUCACCUUGCAUGCUCCCCUCUCCUCACCUUGCGUGCUCCCCUCUCCUCACCUUGCGUGCUCACCUCUCCUCACCUUGCGUGCUCCCCUCUCCUCACCUUGCGUGCUCCCCUCUCCUCACCUUGCGUGCUCCCUCUCCUCACCUUGCGUGCUCCCCUCUCCUCACCUUGCGUGCUCCCCUCUCCUCACCUUGCGUGCUCCCCUCUCCUCACCUUGCGUGCUCCCCUCUCCUCACCUUGCGUGCUCCCCUCUCCUCACCUUGCGUGCUCCCCUCUCCUCACCUUGCGUGCUCCCCUCUCCUCACCUUGCGUGCUCCCUCUCCUCACCUUGCGUGCUCCCCUCUCCUCACCUUGCGUGCUCCCCUCUCCUCACCUUGCGUGCUCCCCUCUCCUCACCUUGCGUGCUCCCCUCUCCUCACCUUGCGUGCUCCCUCUCCUCACCUUGCGUGCUCCCCUCUCCUCACCCUGCGUGGGCUCCCCUCUCCUCACCUUGCGUGCUCCCCUCUCCUCACCUUGCGUGCUCCCUCUCCUCACCUUGCGUGCUCUGGAUGAGAUGAAGGGAGGAUGA